CGUCUUUCUCCUUCAAUCGUCAUUGUUUCCUCCGUCCAAAUCAACACCGACCUCAUAAAACCCCACGCCACCACCUCCUCCGCCGUCUGCAACAAUGGCAGCCGCAACAGCUUCCUUAUCUUUUUCAAGACUCCUCUCCUCCGCCACCAAACCCCACCUCACCUCCGCCUCUAUCCUCCCUCACAACCACCGCUAUCUCACCUCCUCUUUCUCUCCCCUCCGGAUCAAAACCCUCCGCCCCUACAACCACCCUAUCAAAUACUCCACCACCCCCAAAAUCACCGCCACCAUCUCCGUCGGAGACAAGCUCCCCGACGCUACCUUCUCCUACUUCGACGCUGAGGACGACCUCCAAACCGCCACCAUCUCCGAUCUCACCAAAUCGAAGAAAGCAAUCCUGUUCGCCGUCCCUGGUGCCUUCACCCCCACUUGUUCCCAGAAACACCUCCCUGGAUUCGUCGAGAAAUCCGGCGAGCUCAAAGCCAAGGGUGUCGACACAAUCGCGUGUAUCUCGGUCAACGACGCCUUCGUAAUGAAGGCAUGGAAGGCCGAUUUGAAAAUUGGCGAUGAGGUGUUGUUGCUGAGCGAUGGAAAUGGGGAUUUCACGAGGGCGAUUGGAUGUGAAUUGGAUUUGAGCGACAAGCCAGUUGGAUUAGGGGUUAGGUCAAGGAGGUAUGCUAUGCUUGUGGAAGAUGGAAUUGUGAAGGUAUUGAACUUGGAAGAAGGUGGGGCUUUCACUUCCAGUGGUGCUGAUGACAUGCUCAAAACUCUCUGAAACCUUUCCAUGUGAGUUUCUUCCACUUGGUUUCAAUGCUGAAAUGGAUUUGAGCCAUGGGUGUUUCAGUUUUUGCAUCAAUAAUAGGAGAUCUUAUGCUUACAAGUUAAAGAAUUUGAGCUUUUUAAUGUGUACUAUGAUACUAUCCUUUGGAAUGACACCUAUUUGAGUCAUGACUGUUUCAGUUAUGAGCCUUGGUGACCCAAGUGUCAACUUUAUUUACAGUCUUUCCUUUGCAUAUUGAUGACUCAAUCGCGAUUCAAAUCGAUCAGGACCCAAACGGUUAGCGUAUUUGAAUGGUUUAUAUGCAGUUUUUUCUUUGCAUUUUAUGAAAGAGACCAUGAAUAAAACCCUCACCAUUGUUCCUUGGUUA